AUGUAUAGCAAAGGCGAGAACUGUAAAUCCAUCUUGCUUGACAUAGAGAAUGCUGUUCGCGAACAUACUCAGCGAGUUGAGUCGAUUUUUCACACAAUGAGGCGUGACGACAAUCAAGUGAUAGUCCAUUCAAGAAAAAGUUUCCGGAAGAUGGUUUCUGAUUUUUCUGUCCGCAUCAGGCAAUCAUUUCUGCAAGAAAUGCAGAAGUGGUUCCUGAUUUUCUGCGAGGACUCCUCCCAAAGUGCUGUUUCUGUGGAGGAAGUCAAACUCGAGGAUAUAGUAGAAUCCAUUCUUCAUGAUUUGCAUCAUCUGGUGCGGUUAAUGAAAUCUCGCCAAGCAUCAAGAGAGCUAGUUGAGGAACUUGAAGGAAAUAAAUUGUGUCUGCUGGUUGAUACCGUUACAGAAGAGAUCAAGCUCAAUAAGGUUGAGGCCUCGAAACCUUUUCAUAGCAUGCGGCUGCUUGCCAAAGUCCACAAUAUUGCUGACACUGACAAUAGAAAGCCAUCAGCAGGUGAGAUCCCAUUAUUGGACGACGAGGCAAAAACAAUAAUUAAUGUACUUACAAGAGGAACCAAACAGUUGGACAUUUGUUGCAUUGUAGGUAUGCCUGGAUUAGGAAAGACAACAUUGGCUAAAAAGGUUUACAGUGAUCCCCCCAUCAUCCUACACUUUCAUGUUCGUUCUUGGUGUUGUGUUUCUCAAGUUUACAAACGCCGGAUUUUAAGUGGUAUGACUGAUGAUACUCUUGACGAGACAGGAGAUGAUUUGGCUGCAGCUCUCUACAAAUAUUUGAAGGGAAAAAAGUAUCUCAUUAUACUGGAUGACCUUUGGGAUACUUCAGUUUGGGACAACUUGAAAUGUUCAUUCCCAGAUGAUGCUAAUGGAAGUAGAAAUCCUUACAAACCAAGAUUCUUGGAAAGAAGUCGCAGAAGGUUAAGGAAAGGUAGUCUAUCUAUUCUUGAUCAGUGUCUGAACACUUUGGAGUUGAGUUAUUCUCAUUCGCCAGAUUACUUGAAGCCAUGCCUUCUCUAUUUUGGAGCAUUUCACCUGGACCAAAAUAUUCGUGUCCGUGAUUUGUUAUGGCUAUGGAUAGCUGAAGGAUUUGUGGAGAAAAGUGGAUAA